AUGACAGUCUCACUAGAGUUUGGUCUUGUCAAUGCAGCCAACCGGUACCUGACUGCCGAACCGUUCCGCUUCCAGGUGGCAGUCACAGGCAAGCAACUGAAGCCCCGCCAGGUGUGGGUACUGCAGUUUGUGUCCCCACAUGGAGCUGGGGCAGCUGGCCCAGGAGAAGGGGCCGGCCAGAAACUUCACCUGAUCAGUGCCCUGAAGCGCUACUUGGCGGCUGACACCAACGGCAAAGUCACCUGUGACCAGGACAAACCAGGGCCUCAGACCUUCUUCCUGCUCCAUCAGUAUCCAGAUGGCAAGGUUUCUUUGCAGAACGAGCAGUCCAAGCGCUACCUGGGAGGGGCAGAGGAGAAUGUCACCUGCUUUGCCCAGGCUGCCACUGAGACCGAAAAAUGGACCCUUCACCUGGCAGUGCAUCCCAAUGUUGCAAUGUACAGCCCCAACAGGAAGCGUUACGUGCGCUGCGACGAGAAAGCCGGGCUGCUGCGUUGCGAUCGUGACUUGCCUUGGGGAGCUGAGUCAGUCAUCACCGUCUACUAUGACUUCAGAGGUCUGGAGUCAGAAGGCAAUGCUGACAGAAGGCAAUUUUCCCCAUACAUACCAGUGAAGAAGUAUGGAUUGAGUAAUGGAGCUGGCAAAAUGUUGGCUUCCAAUGGUUCACUGGUGCCAGAUGUCACCCCACAAACUUUGUACUCCCUGGAGGUGAGCGGUGGCUUGAUUGCUCUACGGGACGAUGAGGGAAAGUACUUGACUGGGCGAGAGGGUGGCAUGAAAACAGUAAAGAUGGACAAACCAGGACGGGAUGAACUCUUCAGUGUAGAAUCCAGCCCUGCCCAGGUCUCAAUUCGCUCCUCUUCUACUAACAAGUUCAUCUGCUGCAGGCCAGGUGCUGACCUCUACGCCAAUGCCAUGGCUGUAGGCAACACGGAGAUCUGCCAGCUGCUAUUUGAUGACACCACAAAGAAAGUUUGCUUCCGUGGCCACGGUGGCACAUACAUGUCCUUGGGUCCUAAUGACUGUAUCAUCAGCAGCACCAAACAGGACAAGAAUGUAUGGUUUGACCUCCUGUAUCAGGACCAGAAGGUGUUGCUUCGCAUAGCAGACAAAUAUGUGUCCAUGAGGCCCAAUGGACAGCUCCUGGCAAUUCCCAAAGCAGCAGGUAAAAGUGAAGAUUUUCUGCUGCUGCUGGUGAAUAGGCCUCUGCUGGUCCUGCACAGUGACGCCGGCUAUGUGGGGCUGUGCUCUGACCUGAGGCGGUUGGAAGGGAACUGCGUCAGCUAUGUUGCCAGCAGCCUGUCGCUCACUGAGGAAGGCUACUACAAUUUCCAAGUGGGUAGCAAGUAUUGGACCCUGGAAAAAGAUGGGCAAGUCCUGCUAACCACUGACCACCCCAGUAAUUUCACCAUCCAAUUUGCAUCCUCGAGUUGUCUUAUAAUCAGAGCAUCCAACAACAAGUUUUUUGUGGCUGAACAAGGAGGCAGGUUCUGGGCUGGGGCUUCGGACCCAUCUAGUGCGACACUGUUCCACUACUGA